AUGAAGGCGGCAGCACAAAACUUCACGCCGAACGGUGCGAACGGGGGCCGCACCUCGCUCUUCCGCGCUGUCCUUGCAAUGGCCUACUACAUCACAGCAGCUUCGGGCUUGACAAUAUUGAACAAAAGUAUUUUUUCCAGUUUUGGCUUCCGGUACCCGCUGGUGCUUGUUGAAGCACAACUCUUGUGUACACUCGGGCUCUUCGAGUUGUUGACGCGGUGUCAUGCGCUCCAGCGGCCGACCUGGAGCUUCGCCAGCGCAUCGAAAAUGCUGCCCCUUGUUGGCUCUUACCUCGUCAUGCUAUUGAGCGGCAUGUUUGGACUCCAGAACACGACGCUGGUCAUCUAUAAUACGUUACGGCGUACCACUGUGGCUUUUGUUCUCGUCCUCGAGUACUUUAUUUUGAACGUGUUCCCGACCCUGCCAACGCUCUGCUGCGUCCUCGCUAUGACGUUAGGUGCCACGUGGGCUGGUCUCGUGGACAGCACCUUCGAUCUAUACGGAUACGUGAUGAUUUUCGUUGCGAAUGUCUCUUCAGCGUUAUAUGUUGUGUAUGCGCGACAAGUCAAACAAACAUCAGCAUGGAGCAACACCGACAUCCUGUACUUGAAUAGCUUAUUCUCCGCACCGCUGGUGUUAGGGUUUGUGCUCUGGCGUGGUGAGUUGACACAACUCUAUCGUAUGGGAAUCGGAGCAUAUCCAUGGAGUUUUUAUUUGAUUUUUGCAUUGGCCUGUUUGAUGGGCUUUAUUAUCAACCAUUCAAUCUUCUACAACACGAACACAAAUUCGCCACUGACGCAGACCAUCUCUGCGCAGGUCAAAGAUGUGAUUUUGCUCGUUGCAAGUGCACCGUUCGAUGGAACCAAGGCCAUCAGCGAGAAUUUGGUAGGUAUCUUGAUCAGCCUGCUUGGCAGUGUAGCGUACUCGAUCAUCAAAUACAGGGAGCACAGGGCGCUAACAGAGGAGCGUCACUAG